UGUGCGUGUGUGUGUGUGUGUGUGUGUGUGUGAGAGAGAGAGAGAGAGAGAGAGAGAGAGAGACAGAGCCAGUGAGAAACAGAUGCUGCAAGAAAGAUAUUCUGAUGAAGGUCUUUGGGCACUUGAAACUGGAUUCUGUCUUUCAACAAGUUGACUCCAAAGAAAAUUUUUUUUUUUAAGGAGUUAUUCAUCUGCAUGGAGCAUGUUCUCUUGAUUAGCCCUCAGUAUGAAGGUACAGAUGAUCACAUGGACUAGAGAGCUGCGUGCUGACAUUAGUGGAGACUGACACUUCAGUGUUAAAGCGCAACCGUUCACUAGCAGGAUGGGUUGCACUUGCAGUGGUGAGAAUAAAUAUGAAGAAAGGCAGCAUGUAAAUAACAAUUCAGCAGCCGCCAGUAAACCACAUCGACGAGCACACGCGCAGAAUGGGGCAAAGUAUGAUGAAGACAUUGUCAUUGCGCAACAUGAUUUCAACUCAACGAACGAAAGUGACCUUCCAUUUAAGAAAGGAGAGAAACUCAAAAUCAUACAUGAGAAUGGAGACUGGUGGUUGGCUAAAUCUCUGGUUACUGGAGAUGAGGGAUAUAUUCCAUGCACGUAUGUUGCCCGGGCCCACACGCUGGAGGUGGAAAGAUGGUUUUUCAGAAAUUUGACCCGCAGAGACACAGAACGUCUUCUGCUAGCCCCAGGGAACAGGGUCGGCUCAUUUCUCGUGAGAGAGAGCGAGACAACUCCAGGUGCUUUCUCCCUGUCUGUAAGAGACUUGGCACCAGAACAUGGUGAUGUGGUCAAGCACUAUAAGAUUCGUACGCUUGAUAAAGGUGGAUACUACAUCUCCCCCUCCCUGACUUUCCCAUCUCUGCAGGAACUGAUACAGCACUACUCAAGAUCAUCAGAUGGUCUGUGUCAGAGGCUGGGAAGCCCCUGUAAGUCUGCUGCUCCUCAGAGGCCCUGGGGUCAGGAUGAGUGGGAGAUCCCAAGGGAAACGUUAAAGAUGGUAAAGAAGCUGGGUGCUGGGCAAUUUGGAGAGGUCUGGAUGGGGUACUAUAAAAACAACCAAAAGGUGGCCAUUAAGACUCUAAAGCCGGGCAGCAUGGAGCCAGAGGCCUUCCUGCAGGAGGCUAAUCUCAUGAAGAAGCUGCAGCAUGAGAGACUUGUUAAACUACAUGCUGUAGUCACCAAGGAGCCCAUCCUCAUAGUCACAGAGUACAUGGCAAAUGGGAGCUUAUUAGACUUUCUGAAAACCGAUGAUGGCAGAAAACUAAAACUGCCCAAGUUGAUAGAUAUGACAGCUCAGAUUGCAGAGGGUAUGGCCUAUAUAGAAAGAAAAAACUACAUUCACAGAGACCUUCGUGCUGCCAACAUAUUGGUGUCAGAAACCCUGCACUGUAAAAUAGCUGACUUUGGCCUGGCCAGGAUUAUAGAAUCUGAGUACACGGCACAGGAAGGUGCAAAGUUUCCAAUUAAGUGGACAGCUCCAGAAGCGAUCAAUUUUGGUACAUUCAGCAUCAAGUCAGAUGUCUGGUCCUUUGGUAUUCUCAUGACCGAGAUAGUAACCUACGGAAGAGUGCCUUAUCCAGGAAUGACCAAUCCGGAGGUGAUCCGUAACCUGGACAGGAUGUACAGGAUGCCGUGUCCGGAUGACUGUCCUGAAGAACUCUAUGACAUAAUGAUGGCAUGUUGGAGAGAAAAGGCAGAGGACAGACCCACUUUUGAGUACCUGCAAGACACACUCAAUGACUUCUACAUUGCCACUGAGGGCCAGUAUGAGAUGCAGCCUUAGCCCCCGCAUCCACUCCAAAGAAACAAAUGGACAGGAUACAAGGACAUAAGGGGUAGUAAUGGAUGAAACGGCUGGUCCAAAAAAAGGUGUGAAGCAAUGAACACUUUCUGUAACUGGCCCAAUCAAUUACUAUUAUCGUGAAUAUCUCAAUGAAAUCAUACAGUGACAUACUGUAUUUCAACUAAUUAUAUUCCAUCCCUGAAUUCACAUGGAAAAUUAUGGAGCCCUUUGGAAUUUAGUUCACAGACCCUCAUGCAUUUGAUAUAAUAUCUGAACCAUGACAUACAAUUUACAAAUAUGAUGUAUGUUAUUUCUGUUCAGAAAAGCCUUGAGUAACUAAUUUCUUUAACGGCGCUACCUUUGGGACAAUAUUCACGUACUACAAGCACAUUCUGGACACAUCACGUUUGCACUUUUUGCAACGUUGGGGUCAAACACCAACUGUGGCACUUUGAAGAAAAGGCUUGGAUCAUCAUUAUUACUGACCUGCUAACAUGUCCAUCAAUGCUUUGUCUUCAACUCCUAAAGAACUCCCAGGUGUGGCACUGCAGGGAAACAGAAAUGCUUCGGCAAGGAUAGCACUGAAGUAUGUAGUAGAGAUUAGCCUUUGUUACAUAAACCCUGAGAUUUAUUAUAUUUUAUAUACAUGUAUACCUUUAGCUAAUUUCAAUAUAUUUCUGAUGUCUUUUCCUAGUGAAAUUUUUAAAGUUAUCUGUACUCAAAUGUAUAAAAUUAAAAAUUAAAAAGCAUGGUACUGUGGCCUGUAGAGUAAAAUAGCUUGUGAAAGAACCAUGAACUUACACCAAAACAGAACAAUAAUCAGCUAAUUUUUCAUUUAUUUGUCAUAUAAUAUUGCCAUCUAAUGUAUAAAGAACAUAAGAUAGUUUGGAAAAAACAUUGAAAGAUCCACUGGCAGUAUCAUAGACAUGUAUAUUAGUAGUAGUAUCUACUACGUUAAGUGUCUCCUGCUUUGUAAAACAAUAUAUUAUUAUUAUUAUUAUUAUUAUUAUUAUUAUUAUUAUUGUUAAAUUUUUAAUCUUUGUAAAUGCUUGAUUGAAUAAUUGAGUACUUUGGAGUUAAAACUACUCUGAUAGAGAGACACACGUUGUGCUCAAAUUUGUGUUUAAGACACACCUAAAGCACUCCUCCCUUCUCUCUCUUAGAGUUCCCCAUGAGGCUGAGACAUGUUUGUAGAUAAGAAAUGAAAAUGACACCAAUUCCCCAGAGCUGCUCCUUAGGUUUCCUGCAUAGCAGAAACAGGAAGCCAUGAGUAAGCAUUCCUCUCAUGCCACUGCAAAAAAGCACAUUCGCCGGUCAACGAUAAGAGCUGCUGGGCCUGGAAUUCCAAACAGAACCGCUGUAAUAUGGCCUUUCUUUGCAUUUGGGAAAACUUGAGGUGUACAGUUACAAACGUGUUCCUUGAGCUUAUAUGUGCUAUGAGUAUAUUGCUCAGAUGAUGAGAGUUCAUUAUGAAGGUACUAUCCUUGAUGUCACUCAGAGUAUGAGUGUGUGAAUAUGACUGGUUGUGUAACUAAGCAACGAGUUCUUACUCAGACAAUACUUCUAUGCCAGCUAUGUACUGUAUGUGCCUUCAAGCAUUAUUCAUUUGUGAAAAGUAAAUAAAUGCAUUUUACCAACUUUUCUGAUGUA